AUGCAGCUGAAGUCAUUCGCCAUCUCCCUGGCGGCGGUGCUCCCGCUCGUCAGCGCCUACCCCAUCACCGGCAACGAUGUCAACUGCCGCGCCGGCCCUGGCACCGACAGCAAGGUCGUCAAGACCUACGCCAAGGGCACCGACGUCAAGGUCACCUGCCAGGCCAACGGCGAGAGCAUCUCCGGCUCCACCAUCUGGGACAAGACCAGCGACAAUUGCUACGUCUCUGACUUCUAUGUCAAGACGGGCUCUUCCGGCAUGGUCGUCGGCGAGUGCAGCGGCGGCAGCAAGCCCCCCUCCGGCGGAUCCUCUUACAACGGCAAGAUCAGCCGCAAGGAGAUUCUGCAGCGAGCCAACUACUGGGUCUCGCGCCACAUCCCUUACUCCAUGAGCAAGACCUACCCCGACCCUCAGGGCCGCCGCUACCGCACCGAUUGCUCCGGCUUCGUCUCCAUGGCACUGCACGCCAACUCCCCCGGCUACUCCACCGUCAGCCUCCCCGAGAUUGCCAAGCCCAUCUCCUGGAGCGACAUCAAGCCCGGUGAUCUGGUCGGCACUCUCGGACCCGGCACCGGUGGCGCUGCUGGCCACGUUACCCUCUUCAAGUCCUUCACCGACAAGACCAAGAAGAAGUACAACACCCUCGAGUGCCGCGGCAGCGCUGGCUGUGUGGCGCACGUGCGCGAGGUGGGCUGGAAGGACGGCAAGUUCACGUCCAAGCCGUACCGAUACAUUCGCGUCACGGACUAA